AUGAAGACCCGACAAUGGAGGUGGAAGUUCUUGCCCUUGGCCCUCCUGCUCUUACUGCAGCUCCUGGUGGCUAGAGUUCAAGCCACGACAAACGCUGAAAUUACGCCGCCCGCUACUGCUGAACCGGCGGAGAGCGCUGUGUUAGCCGGCCAGAAUGGCGUGGGUCUGAAUAUUAACCAAGAGAGACACGAUGGCUCUUCCAGCCAACCGGCAGUUGAUGCCGCCCUGAACAUCCUUCGACGCCUUAAAGUCCCGACGAAGAGAUAUGAGCGGCCCUCGGGAUUCCUUUGGUACACUCGUCACUAUGCCCGGCAGCUAUUUUAUUUACUAUUUAUGAACGGACCACCGCUGGAUAGCCAGACUCACGAGCGGCCACGUUCGAUGAGUUCCCAGCUCAAGGAUGCGGUUAGCCUGCUCGAGAGCGCUGCAAACGAUAACAACUUGGACGCGAUAUAUCUCCUAGCGGAUAUGAACUUCUACGGCAAUUAUACUCAUCCGAGAAACUACUCCAAGGCCUUCCAGCACUAUGAAAAACUCGCCAAAUUGAGCGGAAACAGCACCGCGCAGUACAUGCUAGGCUUCAUGUAUGCCACUGGCAUCGGGGACGCCGUUGAGAGACAUCAGGGGAUGGCGCUGUUGUAUCAUACUUUUGCUGCUUCCGGAGGAAAUGUAAGGUCACAGAUGACGUUAGCAUUUAGAAGAUACCUUGGUAUUGGUACACCGAGAAACUGCGACGAGGCUGCCUACUAUUACAAACAAGUAGCCGAUAAAGCAAUUGCAUACUACCGGUCUGGCCCACCAGGCGGUCGGAACUUAUCCAAAGACUCGUACCGUUGGGCUGAUGCGGAAGGCGGUGUUUACGGCGAGGGGGCUAGUGUGUCAAGUUCUGGUGUGAACGCCCACAAGGAAGGGGUUCAUUCCAGCUCUGACGCCAGUUUGGACGAUGUCCUUGAAUAUCUCGAUCUCCUGGCUAAGAAGGGAGACAUGAAAGCGACAUUCAACCUAGGAAAAUUAUACUAUGACGGGUCACGUCACCUGCCGAGGAAUUUCAGGAAAUCGAUGAUGUAUUUUGGGAUAGUUGCUCGGAGAUACUGGACAAAAGAUGGGAAAAUCAAUCCGAGCCAUCCAGCAGGCAUUGAGAAAAUCGCUUCAAAGUCAGCGGCUCAUAUAGGGCUCAUGUUCCUCAGAGGCGAGGGGACAGAACAAAAUUUUGAAAAGUCUUUCACUUGGUUCAAACGUGGGACAGCGAACGGCGAUUCAAUGUGCCAACACUAUAUGGGAUUGAUGUAUCUGCAUGGCUACGGUGUUCCGCAAGACGCACUGAAGGCGGCAUCAUACUUUAAGGCCGCGUCCGAAGCGGACUACCCAUUUGCUGAGAUCCAACUCGGAGCUCUUUUCCUCGACCAAGGAGACGUUCCGACAGCGACGAGAUAUUUCGAAUUGGCUGCAAGAUACGGAGCGACUGAAGCGUUCUACUACUUAGCCGAAAUUGCCGAGCGCGGUAUUGGAAAGGAACGACAUUGUGGCAUGGCUACAGGCUAUUACAAGAUGGUCGCAGAGAGAGUGGAAGAGGUUCAUUCUUCGUUCGCUGAAGCUAAUGAUGCUUAUGCGAGAGGCGACAAGGAAACUGCUCUGAUGUUGUCCAUGAUGGCCGCAGAGCAAGGUUACGAAGAUGCGCAGGCAAAUGUCGCUUGGUUAUUGGACGAACGGCGAUCCGUGCUAUCUCUUGAUCCUAUUCUUCCAUGGUCAAAAGAGCGUCGACCAUCUAUUCUUCGUAACGCCGCUCUGGCAUUGGUCUACUGGACCCGCUCCGCACGACAAUCCAAUAUUGAUUCACUUGUUAAGAUGGGCGACUAUUAUUUUUAUGGCUAUGGUACCCCAAGGGAUUUCAAGAAGGCAUCGAGUUGCUACCAUAGCGCAGCGGAUGGUCAUCAUAGCGCCCAAGCGUUCUGGAACCUGGGAUGGAUGCAUGAGCAUGGUAUUUCUGUUGAACAAGACUUUCACAUGGCCAAAAGAUAUUACGAUCUAGCUCUCGAGACAAAUGACGAGGCAUAUCUCCCUGUCAAAUUGAGUCUAAUACGGUUGCGUCUUCGAAGUUUUUGGAAUCGGAUUACGAAUGGUAAAGUGAACUCCAUUCGAGAAGAACAAGAAAAAAAUUCACCCCGAUCGUUAAAAGAAUGGGUCAGGGAAUUCGUCUCCUACGACGAAGAAAGAGAAGCCGCCAAAAAGGAGAGGAUGAAGCAGGCAGCGGCCGGUGAACAGGCUGAUGAUGCCCUUGAGGACACAGCGGACGCUGGGGAUGCUUCAAGUGGCUAUUAUGACGACCUUGACCUUGACAUCGAGGAUGGCAUGCUUGAAAGCCUGAUAAUCAUCGGGCUUGCGGCGACUCUCGUCGUUCUUUUACAUUUCCGGCAGCAGAGAGCGAUGCGACGGGCCAAUAAUGUGGCCCCUGAACACAAUAACAACCGCGACGGCAGUCAAACCGCUGGGCAAGCAGCGGCUGGAGGUGUCGCCGCCGAAGACCAACGGCAGAGACAACAGGGCGGAGAAGAUCGAGGUUUCUUUCCAGCCCCUGACGAUCCCGAAUAUCCAGCUUGGGUAGCUGGGGCGAUAGGGCACUAG